AUGAGAUUCUUAUAUAUAUCAACAGGUUCAGAGCAUAGAAGGAAAACUCAAACAAAAUAUAAUUUUUGGAGGGUGCGACAACCAACUUGGCACCAUCAUUAUAAAUGCAUUGAAGGAGGGUCCACAAACAAAGAAUGCAAUAAAAAAUAUGUUGUGAAAGCGAUCCCUAAACCAUCUUCUGAUUUCGAACCUCAUGUUUCUGAUCCCAAAAAUAUUUUCUCCUCUUUAAAAUAUUUGUUGAUUGCUUUCUACAAGCUUUCCAUUCCACAAGCCAUUUUUACUCGAACAUUAAGCACAAUUUCCGCGUCUCUCCUUGCAGUGGAGAAAUUAUCAGAUAUAUCUCCACUAUUUUUUAUUGGCGUGUUACAGGCCAUGAUACCAUUCUUGUUUUUGGAUAUUUAUGUUACUAGUGUGAAUCAAUUAUUCGACAUUGAAAUAGACAAGAUAAACAAACCUUAUCUUCCAUUGGCCUCUGGGGAAAUAUCAUUUAAAACUGGCGUCAUUGUUGGUGCAUCAUGUUUAACCUUGUGUAUUUGUUUUGGUUGGAUUAUCGGUUCAUGGCCAUUGAUUUGGGGUCUUCUAUUUUGCUUGUUUGUAUGGACUGCUUAUUCAAUCGAUGUGCCCUUGCUAAGAUGGAAGAAACACCCACUACUUGCAGCAUUGUGCAUGAUUGUUACUUGGGCAUUUAUAUUUCCAAUUUCCUUUUUCUAUCACAUGCAGACUUUUGUGUUCAAGAAGCCAGCUAAUUUUCCAAGAUCAUUGAUUUUUAAUGUUGUAUUUGUUAGCAUCUUCUCUGUGGGUAUGUCAUUAUGCAAGGAUAUACCUGACAUUGAAGGAGAUAAAACAUUUGGCAUUUAUUCUCUACCAGCACGUAUAGGUUUGAAACGAGUAUUUUGGAUUUGUGUUUCCCUUUUUGAAAUUGCUUUUGGAGUCGCCCUCCUAAUGGGAGCAACAUCUUCUUCUUCCCUUUGGAUUAAAAUUGUAACGGGUCUCGGACAUGCUGUUCUAGCUUCAAUUCUCUGGUUUAAGGCCAAAUCUGUAGAUUUGAGACACAAUGCUUCCAUAGCAUCCUUUUAUUUUUUUAUAUGGAAGUUAUUGAGCAUAGAGUACUUCUUCAUGCCUUUAAUUAGAUAAGAACGUGUUCGAAGAUUAAAAUAAUUUCCAAAACAUGUACAAUAGAACAUAAACCACUUAUUUUGUGUCUAAAAGUUAUUAACAUUAUAUAAACAUGUGUUACUAUAUAAUAGUUAUUGUAUCACUAAGAUAUGUCUUCAAUUGUCUAAAGACUCUAUGCUUUUAAAUAUGUUUUUUAGUGCUUUGUGAUAG